AUGUUCAUUCUUGGCGUCAACCUGCCCGAGCACAAGCUUGUCAGAAUUGGAUUGACGCGGUUUGUAGGAAUUGGACAUUACACUGCGAAUCUGAUAUGUGCGCGACUGCAGAUCCAUAAAUCACUGACCGUCGGGGAGCUGAGCGAGCACCAGAUAGGACGACUCUCAGCCCUAUUAUCCUCGCCUCCCACGACACCGCCGACGAACCACAAAGUGGCCGAGCUGGAUGGGAUCGCAGCGCCCUCGACGCUCGACUUUGAUUCCGGUCCGAGCCCCCAGCCUCGCUUGCUCUCGAUCACCGACGAUCCUCUCCAACGCCUCCUCAUCGAAAGUGAUCUCCGUCGCGAGGUCAGAGCGAACAUCGCCCACCAUCGUGCUAUCGGCUCUUACAAAGGAAAACGACAUGCACUCGGCUUUCCCGUUAAUGGCCAACGUACUCAUACAAACGCUAAGACUGCACGCAAACUAAACAAGGUCGAACGUCGUGCCUAUUCUACCUCUACGAUCCAAGAAAGCUAUCCAAUUCAAUCUCUUCUGACACAGAUCAUCUCAAUCGAUCCGCUUCACGGAUUCUCGGCCCUCAGGAACCAGAAAAGGGCUUCGACCUGCUCAUGA